GGCAUAAUUUUAUUAAUGCAUAUUCUAAAUUACAAAAUAGCGACUCGUUAUUUACAACAGCAAAAAACAAAAACAAAAAAUUACUUACUUCUGUGGGUUUCUGCCUUCUAUAAGUACUUUCAGAACUUUGAUUAUAUACGUGGUUUUACGUACGAGUUAGCAAGUAUCCAACAAAAAACAAAUAUGGCGGAUGUUGAACACAAUCCAUCAAAACGAAAAAUAUGGGUUCAGUUGAAGCGUUUAGAUUUAGACGAACAAGGUAUGGAACUGAGUGAUGAGGAUGACCACAGAGUUAUACAAAGUAUACAUCUCCGCGACAAGGAUCAUAGCGAUGAGGUCAAAGGUCGGCUUUGUGAAGCAUUCCAGAUUGAUGAGGAGGGGGUGGUAUUUAAGCUGAGAAACCACAGAGGGUCUUUGAUUCCAAUCAAAAGGAACAUUCCAGUCAACUCCAAGUCUGUCCCUUACAUCCUAGAGGUUGUAAAGUUUCAUCAGAAUGUGACACCUAAAGCAAAAUCAGUCAAAAUCUCAAAUCAAACGCAAACCAUGAAGAAGAGAAUAGAGGACAUCUUGAGGAGGGUGGAGAACAUAGAAUCUGUCACACCGGGCCUAGACAUCAGAAGAAACGAGAGAGUGGGCACAGAAAUCAGAGAGCUGGAGAACAAACUGGUGUUCCUACAGAGGCGGCUGAAUGAGGCGGAGAUCUCGCAGUGGAGGGGGAUGUUCCGCAAGAACCCUCUCUGGUGAUGGACACGCAUCAUGGAUCAGUAGAAGUGACCUAUAUCUAGCAUGUUAAAGAGAUCAUGGGACCUGGCCUGGAGAAAGCAGAAGCUGAAUUAGAUGCUAGCAUAAUGUAGAUUCGUUAUUUUACGCAAGAACUUAAUUCUGCGAUUCAUCGUUUUUUUUAUCAAAUCAUGAAAAUUAUGAAAAAGCAAGUUAUCAUAAAUUUUUAUCUUUAUUGAAUAUAGUUCACAACUGACAGAAAUUUUAAAAUCCGCGAGGGGUACUUUUUGCGAUUUUAUGUGAGGAGUACUUUAGGGAUUUUAUGUUGCUAUUAAGUCCUUGUGUUUGUUUAAGAAUCUGCUGUACCUAGUCGGGUGUAAUUUAUUUGUACGUACAUAGAAAUGUCCUGCUACCUAGCUAGAUGUUAUAACAGUUAAGGAUAGAUGUCGUUUGAAAUGAUAUAGCCAACAGUCAACAUGUUGUAAUUAUUGCUUAAAUGAUCAUGCAAACAAUGAAACUUUUGUUAGGCAACAUAAGUUUCUAUGAAAUUUUUAGUGCUUAGAAUGAUUUUUGACAAAUGAAGCCUUUAAUCUUUGGGCCCUGAAAUUGUUUGAAUAAUUAUUAAACAGUUGUGUUUCAUAUCAGUUGAUACAUGUAAACCUGCUCAAAUCAUCAUUUGCUGAAAUCUUGUACUUGUAGAGUCAUUUUAUACAUGUACAUUUGCAUAAACCUUUUUGCACAAUUGUGUCUGAAAACGUAUCAAUCCAUAUGACCUACAUUUAGAUUUUUGGUACACAUUUUGUCGUUAAUUAUGUUCUUGUUGUGGUAGACAGAAUUUUAAGGAAUAAAUUUUAUAGCCACUCAUUUUAGUAGUUACUAAGACAAAGACUCCCAGCCAAUUCAUAAUCCAAUGGAUCUGUAUGAUGCCGGUGUACAUGUAGACAUUUUGAGUUAAAUAAUGUAACAUGUAAAUUGAUUCAGAAACUUGCGGUUCUGAUCUGCUGACUGUUCUGUGUGAACUAGUACCAGACAAAUUAAAUGGUAUAAGGGCAUUUUAUUCUCAGUCAGCUUCACUGUGAUAUCAUUUUGAUUGUACAAAAUUUUCAAUUUAAUUUUGGAUAAUCGGCAUUAUUUUAUUGAUGCUGGUUGUAAAUAUUACAGUAUGAUAUUAUAUUUAUCUUAUGAAAUAUUUAAAGCCAUUUUCAUUGUUUAAACCUGUAGUUCUGUCUUGUCAUCAGUGAAUAAAAAAAUUCUUUAAUUCUUUGCAUGUGUGAAUAAUUCAACACAGAUAGCACAGCUAAAUCCAUGUGUUUCUUUUAAUGUGAUUUUAUUCUGAUAAUACUGUGCUGUAAUAAAGAAUCUUGUUAUGAAAGAAA